UUGCAGGGGAGAAAUGAAAAAAGAAGAUGAAGAGGAGAGAGGAUGAAAAUGUUUCAUGGAAAAUCGAUGGGGACCUUAUCGGGUAUGUAAUUUGACAGGCACAGAAACGGCCACACGGCCCUCUCCUCCAAACAUUUCCGUCACCCCUACAACCACCACCACACGAACCUUCACACCCUCCCUUUUCCAUUUUAACACAGACAAACUCUCUCUCUCUCUCUCUCUCUCUCUCUCAGUGCAGCUUAUCUCACUGUAGAGCUCCCGAAGAGCAGCCUUUGCAUAUCAUAUUCAAUCCACGGAACCACAAAUUUUCAGAGGGGUAAGAUUCGCUCUUCCUAUUUUUGGAUUGCUGGACACUUCUCCCACAGGCUCUUCUCUUCUCAUUUAGGUUUCACUCAUUUUUUUUUUCCCUCUAAAUUAUGGUUUUGGUUAUUUGAAUUGCUGGACUCCAGUUCGGAAAAAAAUUAUUCAUAUGGAAUUUUAGAGAGAGAGAGAGAGGUGAUUGGUGUGUACAUUGGUGAAUUGGGCUACUGGUUGUUCUAAUGUAUUGGUAAGGAAGGAGGGGGGGUGGGGUUCCAUGCUGAUACUAGAAUUCAUAUAAGACCAAAAUGGCAUCUUUGGCUUCCCUGGUGAGUUUGGGAAGCGGCGGCGCAAGUUCCUCGGGGCAGUUUGAAGGAACCCUUUCUCUUGUUCGGAGAGUUUCUUUUUCUAAACCCAACAAGAGUUGGCGUUGCCUGCCAUAUUCAGUGUGUAGGUAUUCCGUUACAGCAACAGAUUUUAUUGCAGAACAAGGGAGCUCGGUUUCCCUUGAUUCUGCUUACAAAAGAGGGAGCAAAAACGAGGAUGCUGAUCUUGUCCUCAAACCGGCUCCCAGGCCCAUGGUAAAAUCCGUGAAUUUGGUGAGUUCGAAGCCUUGGGACACGUCAAAAGAAUCUUCUGAUGACGAGAAGUUAGAUGAAGUAGAAGAGAGAAAUAAGGUAAUCGAGUCACUAGGGGAGGUGUUGGAGAAGGCAGAGAAAUUAGAAACUGCAAGGCUUGGUGCAUUAGGCGGUAAGAAAGACAGUGGGUAUGUUAACAAACCACCACCACCAACACCAACACCAACACCAUCACCACCACCACCACCACCACCACCACGACAAUCUGGUACAAGCACUAGCCCAAGAAUUGGUAAGCCGGUGAACUCCACAAUGGUUCAGAAGUCUAGGGUUUCAAAGAGUGUGUGGCGGAAAGGGAACCCAGUGUCAAGUGUGCCAAAGGUUGUUAAUGAUUCUUCUAAGACUAACAAUAAAGUUGUUAUAGAGGUACCCAAGAAUGAGGGAGGGGUAAAGGCAGAGUCUCGAACCCAAGUUUCUCUAAGACCUGCUCAGCCACCUUUAAGAGCUCAACCCAAGUUACAAGCAAAACCCAGUGUAGCUCCUCUGCCUUUGGCAAAGAAACCAGUUGUUUUGAAGGAUGUGGGAGCGGCUCCAAAGUCGCUGGUGGCUGAUGAUAUUGAUUCAGCCGUAAAACCAAGGGAAAGGAAGCCAAUUUUGAUUGACAAAUUUGCAUCAAAAAGGCCAGUGGUUGAUCCUAUGAUUGCUCAAGCUGUAUUAGCCCCUCCAAAACCAGGAAAGAGCACUGCCCCUGGAAAAUUCAAAGAUGGGUAUCGUAAGAAAAAUGUUCCUGCUGGUGGACUACGGAGGCGGAUGGUUGGUGACGAGAUUCCUGAUGACGAGGCAUCUGAACUUAAUGUUCCUAUUCCAGGGGCGGCUACAGCAAGGAAAGGGAGGAAGUGGAAUAAAGCUAGACGGAAGGCAGCUAGACUUCAAGCGGCGAAGGAGGCGGCCCCUGUCAGAGUAGAAAUUCUAGAGGUUAGGGAAGAAGGUAUGCUGACAGAAGAUUUAGCUCACAACUUAGCCAUUAGUGAAGGUGAAAUUCUUGGCUUCCUAUAUUCGAAGGGGAUUAAGCCUGAUGGUGUGCAAACUUUGGACAAAGACAUGGUAAAGAUGAUUUGUAAAGAAUAUGAGGUGGAAGUCAUUGACGCUGCUCCUGUCAAAGUGGAAGAAAUGGCGAGAAAAAAAGAAUUUCUUGAUGAAGAUGACCUGGAAAAGCUGGAAAACAGGCCUCCGGUCCUUACCAUAAUGGGCCAUGUGGAUCAUGGCAAAACAACACUUUUGGAUUUUAUUCGGAAGAGCAAGGUAGCUGCUUCGGAAGCUGGUGGGAUUACACAAGGAAUUGGGGCAUAUAAGGUGCUAGUACCUGUUGAUGGCAAACUGCAGCCUUGUGUUUUUCUUGACACUCCUGGACACGAGGCAUUUGGGGCAAUGAGAGCACGGGGAGCGAGGGUGACAGACAUUGCUAUCGUUGUUGUGGCUGCCGAUGAUGGUAUCCGUCCUCAAACAAUUGAAGCUAUUGCUCAUGCAAAGGCAGCUGGUGUACCAAUUAUUAUUGCUAUAAAUAAGAUUGAUAAAGAAGGAGCAAAUCCUGUUGGAGUCAUGCAAGAGCUUUCGUUGACUGGGCUAAUGCCAGAAGAUUGGGGUGGUGACAUCCCAAUGGUUCAGAUCAGUGCUCUUAAGGGGGAGAAUGUUGAUGAUUUGUUGGAAACUGUUAUGCUUGUUGCAGAGUUGCAAGAGUUGAAAGCCAAUCCUCACAGACUUGCAAAAGGAACAGUUAUUGAGGCAGGUCUUCAUAAAUCUCAAGGACCUGUAGCUACAUUUAUUGUGCAGAAUGGCACCCUCAAGAGAGGGGAUGUCGUAGCUUGUGGAGAAGCUUUUGGAAAGGUAAGGGCUUUAUUUGAUGAUGCUGGAAAUCGCGUUGAUGAAGCUGGGCCCUCCAUGCCUGUGCAGGUCACGGGUUUAAAUAAUGUUCCAAUGGCUGGUGAUGAAUUUGAAGUUGUUGGCUCCCUUGAUCUUGCUCGUGAAAAGGCUGAGUUGUGUGCAGAGUCUAUACGAAAUGAGCGCAUUUCAAUGAAGGCUGGGGAUGGGAAGCUUACACUUUCUUCCUUGGCAUCUGCAGUUUCAGCUGGAAAGCAGUCUGGAUUAGACUUACACCAGCUUAAUAUCAUUAUGAAGGUUGAUGUUCAGGGAUCCAUUGAAGCUGUCAGACAAGCCCUGCAGGUGCUCCCACAAGACAAUGUCACUUUGAAGUUCCUCUUGCAAGCUGCUGGGGAUGUAAGCUCCAGUGAUAUUGAUCUUGCAGUCGCUAGUAAAGCCAUUAUUUUGGGAUUUAAUGUCCGGGCACUGGGUUCUGUGAAGAGCUAUGCUGAAAACAAAGGUGUUGAGAUUCGCCUAUAUAAGGUUAUCUAUGAACUGAUUGAUGAUGUGCGAAAUGCAAUGGAAGGACUCCUAGAGCUUGUUGAGGAACAAGUACCGAUUGGUACAGCUGAAGUCCGGGCCACAUUUAGCAGUGGCAGUGGUUGUGUUGCUGGAUGCAUGAUAACUGAGGGAAAAGUGGUGAAAGGCUGUGGCAUUCGGGUUGUUCGAAAUGGCAAAACAAUCUAUGUUGGUAUUCUUGACUCUUUGAGACGUGUCAAGGAAAUAGUGAAAGAGGUAAAUGUUGGAUUAGAGUGUGGCAUCGGGGUGGAGGACUACCCCGACUGGAAGGUGGGGGAUACUAUUGAAGCCUUCAAAAAAGUGCAGAAGCAGCGAACACUUGAAGAGGCAUCGGCUUCAAUGGCAGCUGCCCUGGAAGGCGUGGGACUUGCAAGAUGAAGUUUUGCGGAAGAGCGUCUGCUUGUCCAUGCUUGAUGUCUUGCAGUUUUUCUUAACAGUCCACAGGGGGGUGAUGUGCGCUUCUGAGGCUUGGAUAAUUUACAGGAGUGAUAUGGAUGGGCUUCGAUUGGUGGCAAUGUGUCCUGAAUACCUGCUGAGGGUCUCCACAUGCUACGCUUGCUGUGGUAUAUUGCUUCAUAACUGUACGAUGUAUAUAGCACUAUCUAUACUAGGUUCAACCUCCUCUCUUUUAUUUUAUUAUUAUUUUUUUUAUUUUUGCUUUUUGUAAAGAGGGACGCUUCAUUGGAUUUUCUCAAGAUUCAGUGUUGAAAACAAUUGUAACAUCUCAAUACAUCAAGGACAAUAAAGUUUUAAAAGAUUAUGAUUCUCUCAA